AAUUUGUUAAUCUGUCAUUAUCUGUCAAAAGUAGAAUUGUAAAUAGAUCCGGAUUUUAUUUAAUUUUCAUAAGAAGAAAACAAUAUUAAACAAUAUGUUUAACUUAUCCUUGCUCCGGCAAUUCACAAGAUUAUCACUAUCGCCUGGUUUAAAGAUUCAGGCUAAUUCAAGGAAUGUUAGCACAACCAGUGCACUUCAGUUUAAUCUAACGUAUCCACUAUGUGCAGAGCCAUUGAAAAAAAAGAAGAAGAUUGAUCCAGCUAUCGUGAAGGCGCGUGAAGACCGCCGUCGUAAGAAAAUAGAGAAGCAAAUCAGACGGUUGGAGAAGAAUGCCCGGCAACUGAAGCCUAUUGAUGAGUUGGAGGUGCCUCUCAAUCUCAUUGAUGAAGGAAAGAAGCGACAAAGACCUCAAGUGAAGCUGAGCUCUGAAGAAGUGAAUGCCCGAGCGUUGCUGCAGAAGGAAUGGUCCAACUACAAGCGGGAAGAAUACAUGGCGCACGUGAGACAGAUAGACAGGAUCAUGGCCGCACAGAAGCGAGCUCUUGACCAGCUGUACGAAGUGUCGGAGGACCUGUACAACGAAGCUAUAAUGCCAGACCUGCAGUUCAUCCCGUUCACGGCCCGCGGCCCCGUGGCCACACCGCCUAUCAAGAACUACGAGUCUCCCGACGGCGAGUAUAUAGAUGUGUCUAAGAAAUGGGAUAAUUAAGUCGUAUAUAGUUUUCAUAAUUAGAAAUAUAAAUAGUUAAAUUGUUA